AUGGAAUUCUAAAAUUUAUAAAACGAUGGAUAGAAUUAACAAGCUAUUUAAAAUAACUCUAAAAAUAAAUUAAAUAGUGCUCUUUAUGAAAACUCUGAAAUUUAAAAGAUCGAAUUCUUAUGUAAUCCUACUUAAAAAAGGAGAUACAUAAAUGAAACUAGUAACAGUAAUCUGAAUUAUCAAAAUAGUAAUGAGUCUUCAUCAAUAGUUGAUGAAUAAAAUGACGAAACAAUACAAAUUAAAUAAUUUAAAGCAAUGUAAAAAUAAAGUAAAUUUGAAUAGAUCCAAAAGUAUGAAAACUAACCAACCAAAAUUUAGGCACAAUCCACUAAUUUGUUAUACUAAGAUAAAAGAAUUUUAUAAAACGACUCUUAAAAUAAUAAAAUUCAUACUAAUCUGAUUUUAAAAAUAAAGAGAUAACUCACAAAUAGGAAUUAUUAAGUAAAAGAAAAUAAAGAAGAAAUAGGUGGCGAGUUUGUUUUACAAGUUACUAAGUAAAUCGGAAAAGAUAAUAAUAAAGAUUACUUGGCAUUGAUCAGAUUAAUUAAAAUCUAAAAUAGCUCUUAAAAGAUUUUUAAAAAGUUAGAGUUUUUAAAUCUAUUAUAAUAAACUACAAAAUAUAUCCAAAUGCAUGAUUAUUUUUAUCUAUCUUUAAAUGAGCAUCCAUAAUCAAUUAUUUUUGUUACAGUUUUGCUAGAAUCAAUAAAUACAUAGAAUUUUCUUCUUUAUUUUAAUAAAAUAAUUGAUUUCUUUUAAAAAAAUAAAUAUUACUUAGGAAAGUAUAUAGCCGAAGGUGGUUUUGGUGUUGUCUUUGAUGGAAAAAUAUAUCAAAAUAAUAAAAUAUAAGAAGUAAUAUUCAAAAUAUAAUUCACAGAUAAGUAAAAUAUAAAUGAAAGUGAAGAAGAAUAUAAUAUUAUGAAAGGAUUUGAAGAAAAUAUUAAUUUGAUUCGUGCUAUCGAUUAUAAAAAAAUAGACAAAAAUGUUUCUGUCAUUUUGAUGGAAAAGUGUGAAUAUGGAUUGAUAUUGCUGAGGACAUAUAAAAUAAUUCAUUUAGAUAUAAAACCUUCAAAUAUUUUAAUUAAUCGUUAUGGUAUACAUGUUUUUUCUGAUUUUGGAACAUCUACUAAAAAUAAAAAUGAUCAACCUAUUUAAGUUAAAGGGUAUACAAAAAGCUUCGCUCCCAAAGAAGUAAUUAAUAAGGGUGAUGUUAAUUACGAAUCAGAUGUUUUUUCAUUAGGAAAAACAUUAUAAUUUGUUUUUAAAGAGUACGAAAAACUUAAAAUUUUUAAUUAAAAUGAAAAAGCUAUGCUUGAGAAAUUUAAAUAAAUUUUAAAGGAUUAUGCCCUCAGAGAAUAAGUCUCUGAAAGAAAAACAUGCUUGGAAUUGCAUAAAGCAUUUUAUGAAGUUGUUGAAUUUGAAGAAAAUAUAGAAUUUUUAUAGUAUUAUAUCGAUAAAAUUAGAUUAAUAUUAUCAUAAACAUGCUAUGAUAGUAACAAAGAUAUCUAGUUUUUUUAUGAAGUAUCUAUUUACUAUUAUGAAAAAAUACUUGACUUAAAAAAAAAGAUUAAAAAAUCUCAUAUUUUAAGCUUUGUUGAUGAAAAUAAAUCACUUUCUAUAUCCUCUUAAAUUGAUGAAAUAUCAAGUAAACAAGAUCCAGAAUGGCAUCUCUAUACAGCCAGCACACUUAAUAAACUUAGUUUAUUUCACUAAAAGGAAGUUGGUAAAGAAUAUUCGCUUUAAUCGUUAUAAAUAAUUGGAGAUAUUUUUAAAGGAGAUACAUUCAUCAAAGCUGUAUACCUAAAUACUCUUUCAUGGUGUUAUUCAAGUUUAUAAGAAUCUCUAUAAGCUUUAAAAUUAUAAGAAGAAUCUCUAAAAAUCAGGAGUAAUAUCUAUCUGUUAAAACAUACUAAAGUUGCUGUAGCUCUUAACAAUUUAGGGACUCUUUAUUAAAAUUAUGAUUUAAGCAAAUCCUUGAAAUAUUAAAUUCUAUCUCUGAAAAUCAGAAAAUCUCUUUUUGAAGAUAAUCAUCCAUGCUUAGCAAGAUCUCUAGAUUGCGUUGGAUAAUGCUAUUUAAAUAUGGGUAAUUUAGAAAAAGCAAAAAAAUAUUUGUACAGAUCAUAUUUUAUGAGAAGAACAAUUUAUUAAGGAGAUAUUUAUUGUAUUACAACUUCUUUAAAGAAUAUUGCACAAUAUCAUUUAAAGUCUAGAGAAUUUAUUAAAGCAAUAUUUUUUUUUAAAAAAUAUUUUUAAAUGAUAAGAAACUUGAAAUCUGAUAUUGAAUAUAUGCUGCAAAAAUCUCUAAGGCUCACAUAAUUAUUGGAUUAUGCUAAUUAAACAUGGGAAUUUUAAGAACAAGAUGAAAACCAAAGAUUUUAACUUUACAGUAGCAUUUUCGAAAUUACAAAAAAAUGA